CCCGCUCCGCCCCCGGAAGAGGCUGCGUUUCCCUUGCGCAUGCGCCGUCGGUCUGCACAUGCGCGGUGCUCCAGGGUGGUGGAACAGGGUGACCCUGAAUUUUGAGACCCUGCGGCGAUGCUGACCAGGUUUCUAGGCCCGCGCUACCGGGAACUGGCCAAGAACUGGAUCCCCACAGCCAGCAUGUGGGGCACUGUGGGUGCCGUGGGGCUGGUGUGGGCCACGGACUGGCGCCUCAUCCUGGACUGGGUGCCCUACAUCAACGGCAAGUUUAAGAAUGAGAAUUAGGAGCCCCUUUCCUCAGCUGCAGGCCUCGCAGGUGAGUCUGCCUGU